AUGUCUCCUCCGCAAGAUCCCAGCCGGCCGGGCAGUACUGAUUCCCCUCUCCCUCUGACCACGCCUCCAGCCUCGACCGACCGUGGUCUCACUCCGCCUUCGCCGCACCCGCGCCGGAAGCCGGACAGGUCGUGCGUACUCUGCCACCGGAGGAAGAUCCGGUGUGACAGACAGACACCAUGCUUGGCAUGCGUGAGGGCUCGCCUCACGUGCACAUAUCCGGCUUCUGACAAGCCUGUCCGUCGAGUUCGCAAGGCUACUAUUGCGGAUGUUGCCUCGAGGAUUUCGGACCUUGAGAAGACUAUUGUGGCGGCGUCGUCCAUCGACCAAGGAAAUACAGCGAGGAGAUCAUUGCCACCACAUGCUCAUGUCUCUGCAUCAAUGGGCUUGUCGGUGAGCUUACCGGUGAGCCCGCAUGAGUCUCCUCAGGAACCUCAAGAAAUCCCAUCGGAGGAGGUCUUGAUUAGAAACGGCACCUCAAGCCAGUACUUUAAUGAACUUCUCAUUUCCAAAGUCAUUGAAGAGGAUCAGGAUAAAUCAUCGCUGCUACAUACACCGCACAGUGAAACUAAGGAACAGGAUCUUGACUCACCCUUCAGUCUCAUGGGCUUGCUGACAUGUCCUGCCGUAUUUGAUGAAAAGGAGAGAGGCUGGCGGUUAUCACGGUUAAGUGCCACGCAGCUGUGGCAUAUAUUUGUACAAAAUGUCGACGCCACUAUCAAAAUAUUGCACAUUCCGACAGACGAGGUGACUAUUUUCACCGCCAUCCAUCAACCGGAAUCGGUAUCCAGUGAUGUCUUGGCUAUGGUCUCCGCCGUGUACUUUGCGACCACGUUGACUCUGGAGCCGGAGGAAGCUCAGCACAUUCUGGGCGUUGACAAAGCAAAUGCCUUGCGAACCUUCAAAAGGGAAUUUCAGAUGCACUUGGCAGGGGCCGAUAUGCUGGAGAAUCCAACAGUUGUGCUGCUGCAAGGGCUGGCCAUAUAUCUGGCAUCAUCACGGGCUUAUUAUCACGGAAGAGGCAUCUGGAUCUUAAACGGUCUUGCUUUGAGAAUGGCGCAUUCCAUUGGCCUUCACCGAGAUGGAACUAAGCUAGGCAUAUCGCCAUUCGAGUCCGAAGUCCGAAGGCGGCUGUGGUGGCAUUUCUUGGCCAAAGAUGGAAGAGCUGCGGAAGAUCACGGUAUUGAUUCAUGGUCGACGGUACCGGGCUACGAUACCAAAAUGCCACUGAACGUUGACGAUAAUGAGCUUCGUCCGGACAUGAAAGAGCUUCCACCCCCUCACGGUGGAUGGACCAAAAUGAGCCUUCCGCUGACAUGCAUGGAAGUGGCCCAGACCCUACAGAACAUGGCCAAUCUCUCCAUGAUGCCCUCAGGAUCAACACCGAAAGAGGUUAUCAGGAGUAACAUGUUCAGCCAACUCAGGUCUCGCGUGGAGCACUACAUAAAGCCGUGCAACCCGGUCAUACCGAUACAGAGAAUGACCAUGAAAACGGCCCUCGCCAUGGUGCACAAGAUCGACUUUGUUACAAGGCAGCAGCUUGCCAUCCUGGAGAACCCCGAUAAGCGCAAUGCGUUUGCCACGGAAGCAAACUUGAUUUCUGCACUAAGGUGUCUCGAAAUCCAUCUCGAGUUAUGGGGAGACGAGCUUCUUGGUCCCUAUAGAUGGUGCAUGUAUGGUCAUCCGCAGUAUCACAUGCUGCUAUACGUCCUCUGGCACCUAUGUGUUUGCCCGACUGGCCCCAGCGUUGAGCGAGCCUGGGCUGUUGUAGAAAAGAUGUUUGAGUUGGAACAAGUCAGGCUUUCUACGGCCGUGUCUAACCCGGCGCUCAAAUCCGUCAUCUUGAAGAGACUGCACAAGAAGGCUGAAUUGACCAGACAGUCGUUGAUUAACGGAAAUGAUAUGACGAGUUCCAUCUCUAAAACGGAUGAAGUUCCGGGUGACGAAGAGAUGCAAAAUCCUCCACAGGAGGUAGUCAUGGAUGUUCGUCGUUUCGACGGGGAGAACGUGGAUUGGAGUAGUCUAAUGCAGAAUAAUAUGCCCGAUUGGAACACGUUGGUCGAGGAUUUGCAUUUAGAUUUGCAUGAUUUUUCCAGUUACUUUUAA